GAAGUCUAAUUGACAAUACUCAAUUAUUGUCAAUGUCAAAUUAAAUGUGACACUGACAAAAAUCAAAAUGAAAAUCGGCGUUGUGUAAAAUUUAUAGGUUUUACUUAUUAAAUUUCAAUAAAAUUCUGAAAUAACUAAUAUGGACUAACGGUGGCAUUAUAUUCGAUUUUUUUUCAAGUAUCACAUUUAUACUCGUUUCGAAGAACUAUACGACAUACAAUGCAACUAAUGCUAUCAAGUCACGUAAGAGCACAGGAAAGUUGGUUAGUUCCGCAGUAGGUCAAUGGUAGGAGCAUCGCGUGCCGGCUACAAGGACUGACGUCGGCAUCAGAUGAGCGCUCGGUGCGUCGUGGGGCGGGAGUCUACAGUAGAGUGGUUCAAGACGCGGCGAGCGUCAGUACUCAGUUGUGCAGUCACACCGGACGGUUAACACAUUCUUUCGCUUGACUAACGCGUUUACCGUGACCGUGAAAGUUAUAAUUGUGUCGCGUUACCGUAACGAUGGGCGGUAGAGUCGAAAACGUCGGCAUUCUUGCCAUGGAAAUAUAUUUCCCAUCACAAUACGUGGCCCAAGUGGAAUUGGAGAAAUUCGAUGAAGUGCCCUCAGGGAAGUACACAAUCGGACUGGGCCAGAGUAAAAUGAGUUUCUGCUCAGACCGGGAAGACAUAAACUCCCUCUGCCUCACAGCUCUACACCGGCUCAUUGAGAAGAACAGUAUAAAUCUUCAUGACAUCGGAAGGUUAGAAGUUGGCACAGAGACCAUAAUUGAUAAAAGUAAAAGUGUUAAAACCUUCCUCAUGACUUUGUUUGCAAAAGAAGGUGCUACAGAUAUUGAGGGAAUAGACACUACAAAUGCUUGUUAUGGAGGUACUGCUGCUCUAUUUAAUGCCAUAAAUUGGGUGGAGUCAUCCUCGUGGGAUGGCAGGAAAGCUAUUGUAGUAGCCGGUGACAUUGCAGUGUAUGGCAAAGGACCUGCAAGACCCACAGGAGGUGCUGGUGCUGUAGCAAUGCUGAUUGGUCCUGAUGCUCCCUUGGUUUUUGAUUGUGGAGUCCGUGCCUCCUACAUGACCCACGCAUAUGACUUUUACAAGCCAGACCUAGCAUCUGAAUUCCCAUAUGUGGAUGGCAAAUUGUCUAUACAGUGCUACCUCAGUGCUUUAGAUAAUUGUUACAAUUUGUUCUGCAAAAAAAUGAGAAAAGUGAACUCUAAUUUCAAAGGCUUAUUGAGUUUGGAUGGCAUGUUGUUUCAUUCACCAUAUUGUAAGCUUGUGCAAAAAUCCCUGGCCCGCGUGAGUUUUAACGACUUCCUUAAUGCUUCUGAUGAGGAAAGAGAGAAACAGUUCCCUGGGCUUGCCCAGUUUAAGGACUACCAAAGAGCUGAUACAUAUUUUGACAGAGAUGUAGAGAAAGCGUUUAUGACAUACAGUAAACAACUUUUUGAAGAAAAAACUAAACCUUCACUGCACAUAGCCUGCAAUGUCGGUAAUAUGUACACCCCAUCUUUAUACGGAGGACUUGUAUCAUAUUUAGUUAGCAAAUCAGCGGACCAGUUGAUCGGAAAGAAGUUUGCCCUGUUCUCAUAUGGUUCUGGUUUAGCCUCAACCAUGUAUUCAAUUAAUAUUUGCAAUGACAUGAGCGCUGGCUCCAAAUUAGAGAAACUUAUAAAAUCCUUACAGGAAAGUGUUGCUAUGCUAAAUAAGAGGCAAUGUGUUGAGCCACAGUUGUUCUCUGAUAUUAUGCAAGUGAGAACAGAGAAUUAUCACACAGCACCGUAUGAGCCAUCAGGAUCCAUAGAUGUGCUGUUCCCUGGUACCUAUUAUCUUGUCAAAAUAGAUGACCAAAGAAGGCGUACAUACAAUAGGAAAGUAUGAAGCAUUUAUACACUAUAGUUUAUUUUGUGUUGGUGUAGGACGAUGGUUGUAUAGUUAGACAUAUUGAAAUGGUAUUGUAACUUAACAUUAAAUGUCAUAUUUCUUUUAUUGUAUAACAUAAAGGAUGCAGCAUUCUUUUUCUUCAUAAAAGACAAGUUUAUUGUAAAAAAUAAUAUUUUUUAAUGAGUUAAUAGGUAUGGUUUGGGAUAAAUUAUUUAUUGUUAUAAUUUUUAACUCUGUUCCAUCCAUGAGGCCACUUUUGUACACUUUAAAAUAAU